AUGGAUAUAAGGUGGUUAUGUUUGGUGUGCAUAAUAAUGUUAUCUAGCUGCAAUUUACAGAGUGUCGAACAAGAAGAAGAUAAUCUAAUAGACUCCAUGCACAACUAUACAAAUUUGAAAAUAUUUUUAUGGUCCGGUUCCGGAGAUGGUUCGAAUGAACCGACACAAACAACCACCACUAAAAAAAUGCCAUCUUAUUCAGAAAAUCCCGAGGACUGUAUAGGCGGGCAAGAUUGUAACAUUCAACCUACGACGUCUAUUACGCCACAUCUCGGGGUUAUUGACAUUCCACAAACUGCCGAAAUACCAAACAAAGAAUAUUGGAUAGUAACAGAGUUAAAUUUCGACUCACCAGCAGAUGUUCAUAUUUCCAUACCAGUCAUAAAAGAAAAAUUGGCCAUCCUCUACACGAUUGCUUUUACUAGACAACAGGCUCGGCAUCUCGGGCUAAACUCGAAUUGGACCGAGGAUGAAGUAAACUCAGAUCGGAAUCGAAGAUGGGAUACAAACGAAAAACCAAUUAAAGUCAAAGUAGACGUUCUAUCCGUACUGAACAAAUUGGAUUUGGUUUAUUUUGUCAGCGUAAACGACCAUCCUGUGUCUGCUGCAACAGCAGUACGUGACAUGAGCCUUGUCACGACACGGGAAGUUGCAGAUCAUUUGGGAUACGCUGUAAAAAUCAAAGCCCGUCCUUACCUAGAUGGAUUACAGUUUCAAAGAGUUCGUGGUGUAAGUUAUGGCGAGAUUUGGAUUUUCAUCACCGCCACAUGUAUAGUUAUACUGGUACUCGUUACUGGAGUUGUCGUGGCGCAUAAGAAAAAAAGAAGAAAAAAUAGCAUUAGCUCUGACAGGACUAACAUGGCGUUUUGCGAAGAUCAAACUCCUCACAACGAUGUAAAAACAGAGGCUACGUCUACUGAAGAUAUCGGUGCUCUCCACACGCCUGAACCAAAGCCGAGAAAUAGAAAUAAAAUUUCAAAUUCAUUGCUUUCGAUGCAAGCAGUUAAUAAAUUUCAAAAAGAUUCGAUACCUGGACCGUUAACAGACGUACUGGACGGACUUAAUGGAAGUGAAAAUAAAAAUACACGUACAGUGACAAGACACGAAAGUAUUAGUGGUCAAGAUCCUGGAGUGGUUGGACCUAUAGUUUGGGAUUUGCACUGCAAACAAAUGAAAAUAAAAAGUAACGAUCAGGAUGACGAUUCAUGUUCGAGCUUUGACGCUUUCAACGCCAUGGACACUAACGUCACAAAAAUGAGACAAAAAUUUCACGAAUUACUUGACGAUGCAUUCACUUUGUUCGGCAGUCGAAACUCAAGUAUGAACAGCGAUGAAAGUACCCCGUCAAUAAGUAACCAUGAACAAAGAUCAAAAUCAGCUCCGUUUAGGUGUUCCGCCACUUCCAGCGGCCGCCCGACCGGCCGGCCAAAGACGUCGGCAGACUCGAAUGGCCGGGCCGCGGACGACGACCAAUCUCGAGCACCAGUGGCGGCCAGCCCGUGCUGGGCGCUAUCGCCGGGCGAGGCGUGGGCCGGUUCGGACCAGUCGGUGUUUGUGCCGCGGCCGUUGAGCGCGGGCCCAUUCCACCGGCCGGCCGUGCGCGCCGAGUUCAUCAGCUCGGACGCCAACCUGUCCCCCCAAGACCCCGCCGUGCCACUCAUCGAGGCCAUACGAAAGGAACUGGACAGAUUCCCUUCGCCGCACGCCGACUCGUCCCGGUGA